UGGUCCUAACUCUUACCAUUUAAGAGUUCUUAAACAAAGAGACCCACAGAUGGAUGAAAAGACAGAACACAUUUCUAAAAUAUAUAGUAAGCCCUAUAUAGUAACACUUCUGCACACCUUUGUCACUCUUUCGGUGGUAAAAUACCAUUGAUAUAAAUCUUCCACUUUCCAUGUGGCCAGGAAAAGGCCUUGAACGCAGUCUGUGCAUGAGGUUAAGGAACACCACUUAGAGGACUAGAGUGCCAAGUUGUGCUCCUCCAUGCUACCAUGUGCAAGGGCAUUUCAGAGAACAGCACCAACUGCUGGACAAUAGGAGGGCUAGGGGGUCAUAGAAUCAUAGAACACUAGGACUAGAAGGGACCUCGAGAGGUCAUAGAGUCCAGUCCCCUUCCCUUAUGGCAGGGCCAAAUAGGUCUAGAUCAUCCAUGACUCUACAGAUUCAACUGCUUCUACUCUAGUUUCUUCAGCUUUGAGGCCAGAGAGCUGCUUUCUACUAGCCAGAGAGCAACUGAUCUAUUACUCUCUUGCCUUUGAUAGGAGGAUUCUGUUCAUCUCUAACAGAGUAUCCAGGAACCCAAUCACAGCGUGACCUGAUUACCCUGGCUGGGCAGCAGCAAGAGGAUUUGAUCCUAAAGAUUGCAGCUUCAGAUUCACCUCAUCUUGGCCAGAACAUUCUAAUUGGACCUCCUGCUGCUGAGAUCCAGUCUCAACCUUUUAGCAAUUUUCUCAUCUACAACAAUGAGCUCCACAACACAGCCAGAAGCCUCUUUUGAGAAGCAUCUUAACUACCCAGAACCAUUUGGAUGCCUUCAGAGGGGCCUUUCUACAGUGUUUCCCACCAUGUAUUGGAAUAGACUGUGGGGCUAUGAUGGAGUUUCUGGACGGGAACAGCUCUUUGCUCAGCAAAGAAUGCACAGUAUGAUCAGCUCAGUGGAUGUAAAGUCAGAGGUUCCUGUGGGGUUGGAGCCCAUCACACCACUGGACUUGCGAACAGAUCUCAGGAUGAUGGUUCCCAUGGUGGAUCCAAUUAUGCGUGAAAAGCAGCUCCAGCAGGAGCUACUCCUGAUCCAGCAGCAACAGCAAAUUCAGAAACAACUUCUGAUUGCAGAGUUUCAGAAACAGCAUGAAAACUUGACUCGACAGCACCAGGCCCAGCUGCAGGAGCACAUAAAGUUACAACAGGAACUCCUCGCCAUCAAACAACAGCAAGAACUCCUUGAAAAGGAGCAGAAACUGGAGCAGCAGAGGCAGGAGCAAGAACUAGAGAGACAUCGCAGGGAACAGCAACUUCCUCCUCUCAGAGGCAAAGAAAGAGGCCGAGAAAGGGCAGUAGCAAGCACAGAAGUGAAGCAGAAACUUCAAGAGUUCCUGUUGAGUAAAUCUGCAACAAAAGACUCUCCAACUAAUGGGAAGAAUCAUUCCACAAGCCGUCACCCCAAGCUCUGGUACACGGCUGCCCACCAUACCUCACUGGAUCAAAGCUCUCCACCCCUGAGUGGGGCCUCUCCAUCAUACAAAUACACUUUACCAGGAGCACAAGAUGCCAAGGAUGAUUUUCCACUUCGAAAAACUGCCUCAGAGCCCAACUUGAAGGUGCGUUCCAGGUUAAAACAGAAGGUGACAGAAAGGAGAAGCAGUCCCUUACUCAGGCGGAAGGAUGGAAACAUCAGUUCAUUCAAGAAGAGACUGUUUGAGGUGACAGGAGUUCUGUUUGUACAUCUCUGCCUGCCACCGAGUAACUUGCCAUCUUUGCAGGAAACUCAAGUAAUAAAUUCCCCCUUUGUGCAGAAGGGAUCAAGAGGGGAAACGAAUGAAAUUAUCUCUUUUCAAGAGUCAUCAGUUAGUAGCAGUUCCCCAGGAACAGGGCCCAGCUCACCAAGCAAUGGCCCUACUGGAAACGUGACAGAAAAUGAAACCUCACUUUUGCCAUCUAACUCUCAAGCUGAGCACUUGGUUUCACAACAUAUUCUGAUUAAUGAAGAAUCGAUGAACCUGUUGAGUCUGUAUACUUCUCCUUCUUUGCCCAACAUUACCUUGGGACUUCCAGCAGUACAAUCUCAGCUCAGUGUUUCAUCUUCACUCAGAGACAAGCAGAAGUGUGAGACCCAGACAUUGAGGCAGGGAGUGGCUCUUUCUGGACAGUAUGGGGGAAGCAUGCCUCCCUCUUCUGCACACCCUCAUAUUGCUCUAGAGGGAAAACCUAACAGUAGCCAUCAGGCUCUCCUGCAGCAUUUGUUACUGAAGGAGCAAAUGAGACAGCAAAAGCUUCUUGUGACUGGGGGGGUUCCUCUCCAUCCACAGUCUCCAUUAGCAACAAAGGAAAGAGUCUCACCGGGCAUCAGAGUUGCCCACAAGUUGCCUCGUCAUAGGCCACUGAAUCGAACCCAAUCAGCUCCACUGCCUCAAAGCACGUUGGCCCAGCUGGUCAUUCAGCAGCAGCACCAGCAGUUCCUCGAAAAGCAGAAACAGUACCAGCAACAGAUCCACAUGAACAAAAUGCUCUCUAAAUCCAUUGAACAGCUAAAGCAGCCUGGCAAUCAUCUAGAAGAAGCUGAAGAAGAGCUUCAGGGAGAUCAUGCUAUGCAGGAAGAAAGAGCUCCCUCUAGUGGUAACAGCACUAGGGAUGACAGCUGCAGCGUUUGUGUGGAUGACAGAUUAGGACAGCAUGCGGGGACUGUGAAAGUGAAAGAGGAGCCACUGGACACUGAUGAAGAUAAUCAAACCCAGCAAAUGGAAUCUGGGGAGCAGGCUGCUUUUAUGCAACAGCAGAUCCUGGAACAUCAACGUAUCCAGCAGUUGCAAACGUACCAGGCUCAGAUGGCUACAGUUGGCAUGGUAGGAUUAGAUAAACACCGGCCUGUUUCCAGGACCCAGUCUUCCCCUGCUGCUUCCACAUUACCUCAUCCAGCAAUGGACCAGCCUAUCCAGCCUGUCUACAUGACUGGUGUUGUCUAUGACAGUUUAAUGCUGAAGCACCAGUGCAUGUGUGGUAACUAUGCCAACCAUCCUGAGCAUGCUGGAAGAAUACAAAGCAUCUGGUCAAGGCUGCAGGAAACUGGGUUGCUAAACAAGUGUGAGCGAAUUCGAGGUCGAAAAGCCAGUCUGGAGGAAAUACAGCUGGUUCACUCUGAACAUCAUUCACUGCUGUAUGGCACCAGCCCCCUGAACAGACAGAAGCUGGACCCCAGGAAACUCCUAGGCAGCGUAUCUCAAAAAAUCUUUUCCUUGUUGCCUUGUGGGGGACUUGGGGUGGACAGUGACACCAUUUGGAAUGAGCUGCAUUCGUCCGGCGCUGCACGCAUGGCUGUUGGCUGUGUCAUCGAACUGGCUUCCAAAGUAGCCUCUGGAGAGCUGAAGAAUGGUUUUGCUGUUGUAAGGCCCCCAGGCCAUCAUGCUGAAGAAUCAACAGCCAUGGGGUUCUGCUUUUUUAAUUCAGUUGCAAUUACUGCCAAAUACUUGAGAGACAAGCUAAAUAUAGGCAAGAUAUUGAUUGUAGAUCUGGAUGUUCACCAUGGCAAUGGUACACAGCAGGCUUUUUAUGCUGACCCCAGCAUCCUGUAUGUUUCCCUCCAUCGCUAUGAUGAAGGCAACUUCUUCCCUGGCAGUGGAGCCCCAAAUGAGGUUGGAAAAGGCCUUGGCAAAGGGUAUAAUGUAAAUAUUGCUUGGACAGGUGGCUUGGAUCCCCCCAUGGGAGAUGUAGAGUACCUUACAGCAUUCAGGACUGUGAUUAUGCCAAUUGCGAAUGAGUUUGAUCCAGACAUUGUCCUAGUAUCAGCUGGAUUUGAUGCUGUGGAAGGCCACGAUGCUCCAUUAGGCGGGUACAAAGUCACAGCUAAAUGUUUUGGUCACCUAACAAAACAGUUGCUGAAGCUAGCGGCUGGUCGUGUGGUGCUGGCAUUGGAGGGAGGACAUGACCUUACUGCCAUCUGUGAUGCAUCUGAAGCCUGUAUAAAUGCCCUUCUAGGAAAUGAGCUGGAGCCUCUCUCAGAAGAUAUGCAGCACCAAACCCCUAACAUGAAUGCAAUGGCUUCUUUACAAAAGGCCACUGAAAUUCAAAGCAAGUACUGGAAGUCAGUGAAGCCGUAUCCUGUGCCAGUGGGUUGUACUCUGGCUGAGGCCCAAAAAGAAGAGAGAGAGGAGACGGAGACUGUCUCUGCUAUGGCCUCACUAUCUGUGGAUGUGGAACAGUCUUUUGCUCAGAAAGACAGCAGAGCUGCUGGCGAGCCCAUGGAAGAAGAGCCAACCUUGUGAAGUGCCAAGUCCUCUCUGAUAUUUCCUGUGUGUGACAUCAUUGUGUAUCCCCCCAAAGCACCCUCAGACAUGUCUUGUCUGCUGCUUGGGUGGCACAGAUCAGAUGGAACAUAAACACUGGGCACAAAACUCUGAACAGCAGCUUCACUUGUUCUUUGGAUGGACUUGAAAGGGCCCUAAAAGAUUCCUUAAAUGUAACUGCUACAAUUCUAAAGUUACAAUAAACCAGGCUUGGGAGAAAGAGCCUAGAGCAUGCUUUCAAUAUGCUGUGUGACCAACUCGCUGACAUAAAAUGUGAAAUAGAAAUAUUAAAAUAUUCUACAUGAUAGAUUAUUGAUAGCUACAAGAAUUGCAACAUCCAGCAAAAUUCUGGGGAAACUCCACGAAUCUCUAUUUCUGACAUUCUGAAACACUUUUUACUGGAUAAUUCUUUUCACACUAUUAAUUUGUUAAUAGACUUUAUUUUCUGUGUUCAGUGUAAUGAAAUAAUAGAUAGCUCAUAAACCAUGUGUUUUUAAGACAAUGUAUUGAAUUCUUGUUUGGAUAAACUAAAGACAUGUAAAUUAAGAUGAGGGAAUUUUAGCUAAAAGGAAAGUAUUGCAUACUAUACUUCCUCCCCCAAAAGUACUGUGCUUAGUGAUGCUUUCUUUUCUUUUCUUUUCUUUUCUUUUCUUUUCUUUCUAGAAUUAUAUCCCAUCUUUAAUGUAUAAUUUAUAUCAAUGAUACCAUAAUCAAUGUUCUCUAAAUGAGCAAUCUUCUGCACUCUUCAUAGUUGACAGUUGCUCUCAGCAUAUGUGCUUUGGAGACUCAAAUAGUCUCUGGAAAAUGGAUGAUUUUUCAAAAGUUAUUUUAGUUUAUUUUGCAUCCUGAUUUUAAGAAGAGAAAACUUAAGUAUCUCUGUGCAGCUCAUUUGAAGCACAGGUGUUCCUGCAAUGAUUUGCUGAGUGGUUUUACACAUCACCAUCUGAAUGCAAACAGAUUUGCAGACACACAGAAGUUAGUGUUGCUUAAAAAGUUUCAAAGGAUUUAGUCUAUAUUGUAGAUCCUUAAAAGUAGCAAAAUGUGAUGCCAACUCCUCAAAUUAAUAUUUGAGAACGUAACAUAGAAUUGUGCCUUUAGCUGAUAAUGAACACAAAUUAUUACCCAUGUUGCCUUAACUGUCAGAGAAGGUAAAAGGGAACAGGGCAUUUAUGUAGAGUACUUUAAAUGAACUAAAUGAACACAAAUUGUGAUACAGCAAGUUUUGCUUUGUUUACAAAUUCCCCCACCUAACGAACCCUGGGAGCUGUUUUUACUUACCUUGAAGAAUUCUACUUGCCGUAUUUGAUGGCUGGCUUUGCUUUUGAAAGUAAGUGAUGUUCAUUUUUUAUAUAUUUUCCAAACUCAAAGGAUAUAUUAAAGCCAUAAGUGAAGACUGUCAUGCUUUUUAUUCAGAAAUCUGAAAGAAACCUUAAUUAAAACAAGAUUUUGGGGAAUGCCAUGAUAUGAAAGAUAUGGAACAAUAUGGUUUCAGUUAUAGGGGACUCAAACCUGUAAAUCAAAGAUGAAAGAUUUCACUCAAAUAGAAUUAUAUAAUUCUCUUUUGUUAUGCAGUCAGAAUGUAUUUUUCAUGCUUUUGAGUUUGUUUACAAUUAGCAUUUUAAUUUUAAAGACUUUUAUUACUUACACAAAAGCUUUUUUGGAAAUCUUGGAAAAUUUGAGGCACCCUUUGAAAUAGGAAAUCUGAAAGGAAUGUAAUUUCCUACAACAUGAAGUAAACUUCUGUUUUGCAAGAGUUAUGUUAUAUAUACCAUUCAUUAAUGUAAAAAAACCUAAAAUUCUGCCCAUACUUUUAUGAGAUAAUUCCUGCUUAUUUUACUAAUGCAAAUAGUCCCAACAGGCUAAAUUCAUUUUGGUGUACUUCUUUCCCCUGGAAUUACACCAAAGCUGAAUAUAAUUCAUUCACUUGAAUGGGACUGUUCGGAUGAAUAAAGCAAUCAGGAUUUGGGCCUGUAUUAGCAAAGGAACUUGUCAUGACAAUCUCACUUGUCAGUUAUUGCAGUUUUUUAGUAAUCGUCAAAGAAACUGCUUCAACAAAGAACCGUGGCUGAUGGAUUGGGCAUUUUAAAAUGUUUGUCCUGAUUUAAAACAAUGUAGUGUAAUAUUUUAAUUAGAAAUGUAAUUGGGAGGAUUUUAAAUUAACCUAAAAUAUAUUUUUUAUUUUCUAGAAUAUAUGCAAAUAAGAAUUACCAGGGCUUGACGAACUGCGGCGAAAGCCAUUCGCCAGCCCCACACUGCGCAUGCGCAAGAGCCGCAUUGCGCAUGCGCGUGCCGCUGGUAAACGGGGCGCCAGGCUGAAAUUUACUCGUCAUGGGCAAGUAGAUUCAAUAGAUUGUUGAGCCCUGAGAAUUACUAAUAUAUACUAAUUUAGCUCUAUACUUAUAUGCGGGGGGGAGGGGACAUGUGCAAGCCUCAGCUAAGUCAGUCUUGGUAAUUGGAAUCAUUUUACAAAUUCCAAGACCAUUUGGAUUAAAAACACAGUGUUAAAUAAAUCACACAUUCAUGCUUUUCAUAUAUACACACAUUCAUAUAUGAGACCGUACAUUGUUGAUUCCAGUUAGUAUCAUUUAGAUAACCAAAUGUGCAGAUAAACUACAUGCAGGAUUAAUUACAAAUGAACAUGUGCCUGCUCUUGUUUCUACUGAAGUCAACAGCAAAACACUUGUUGAUUUCAAUGGAAGAAAGAUCAGGCCCUAUAUUUGCAAGUUCAGAGUACCAUUGCUUUUUGAUUAUACCAUUACAAGACAUAGUAUAGCCUGUGGGACAUGAUUGAGGCUACGUCUAGACUGCAGGCUUCUUUCGGAAGAAGCUUUUCCAGAAGAGAUCUUC